GCGGGGGCGGCGGGCGGGCCCUGCUCGGUAUCCGGGAGCUGCGACAGCCGCUGUCACACGGCGCUCAGCGCUGCCACAGGGUUUUGGAAGCGGCUGCUGUCAGGAUGCUGGGGCCGGAGCACACGGAGCGAGACUGAGUCAGAGCCAGAAGGGCCAAACACGAAUUCCUGCACCUCUCAUCCUGCUUUUAAUGCGAGUCUCCUCAUUAAGCCUUGGCUUCUGCAGCAGCUGAUGGAAGGGAACAGCCUGCCUUACCUGUGCUGCACACCUGAGCACUGAGCAGAGACACCCAGAGACACAGGAGGAGCAGGAGCUGCGCUGAGAGAGGCUGGGCAGGAGGAAAAUCUCCAGCUGCUUUUGUGGUCUCUAGAGCUCCUGUGUUACAGUGUUCUGGCUCUGCCUCUUCUCCCCACGAUGCUGGGAAGGGUCCUGUGCACGGUGCUGUUGGUGGGAGCCCUUCCAUCCCCAGCUGGAGCCUCCCAGGGCCACAUCUCCGUGAUCCUGCUGGGAGCCACGGGGGAUUUGGCCAAGAAGUACUUGUGGCAGGGUCUGUUCCAGCUCUACAGGGACCAAGUGAGCAGCGGCCACAGCUUCACGUUCCACGGGGGGGCCCUGGCAGCUCUGGAGCCGGGGCAGAGGCUGAUGUUUGACGUGCUGAAGAAGCUCUCCUGUCCCCCCGACGAGCCUCCCGACCGCUGCGCCGUGCUCAAGGACCAGUUCCUGAAGCUCAGCCAGUACCACCAGCUGAAAACCGCCGAGAACUACACGGCCCUGAACAGGGAGAUCGAGACCCUGCUCAGCCAGGAGGGGCUGGAGGAGGCUGGCAGGAUCUUCUACUUCUCCGUGCCGCCCUUUGCCUACACGGAGAUCGCGGGGCACAUCAACGGCAGCUGCCGGCCGCGCGCCGGGGCCUGGCUGCGCGUGGUGCUGGAAAAGCCCUUUGGCCACGACCUGCCCUCGGCACAGCAGCUGGCUGCACAGCUGGCAGGCGUCUUCAGGGAGGAGGAGAUGUACCGCGUGGACCAUUACCUGGGCAAGCAGGCUGUGGCCCAUAUCCUGCCUUUUCGGGAUCAGAACCGACAGUUUCUGGACCCCAUUUGGAACCGGCACCAUGUGGAGAGAGUGGAGGUUGUCUUGAAGGAGACUGUGGAUGCUAAAGGGCGCACCAGCUUCUACGAGCAGUACGGGGUGAUCCGGGACGUGCUGCAGAACCACCUCACCGAGGCCCUCCUGUUCCUCAUCAUGGAGCUCCCUGCCAACGUCAGCAGCGCCCAGGAGGUGGUGCAGCACAAGCUGCAGGCCUUGCAGGCCCUGUGGGGGCUGCAGAGGAGCAGUGCUGUGCUGGGACAGUACCAGGCCUACGACAGCCAGGUGCAGGAGGAGCUGCCCGAGGCUCGGGGCCGCGUCAGCACCACGCCGACCUUUGCAGGGGUGCUGAUCCACAGCCACAGCCUGCGCUGGGAAGGGGUCCCGUUCCUGCUCACCUCGGGGAAGGCUCUGGAUGAGCGGGUGGGCUACGCCCGCGUGCUCUUCAGGAACAGGGCCUACUGCCCUCAGAGUGGCACGCUGAGGGACGCAGGGCACAGCCAGUGCAAACCCAAGCAGAUCAUCUUCUACUUCGGGCACGGCGCUCUCAACACCCCUGCAGUGCUGGUGAGCAGGAACCUCUUCCAGCCUGCCAUGCCCAAGGACAGCUGGAAGGAAGCAGGAGCUCGCUCAGACCUGCACAUCUUCGGGCAGCCGCUGUCCGAUUUCUACAUGUACAGCCCCGUCAAGGAGAGGGAUGCCUAUUCCGUCCUCAUCUCCCACAUCUACCACGGCAGGAAGGAUUUCUUCAUCACCACGGAGAGCCUGCUGGCCUCCUGGGCCUUCUGGACGCCUCUGCUGGACAGCACGUCCCGGCUGGCCCCGCGCCUCUACCCCGGCGGCGUGGAGAACCAGCAGCUGCUGGACUUUGAGAUGGUGGCCGGGGGAGUGGAGUUCAGCCUGGCAGAGCCGGCAGAGCUGCUGCACCCCGGCGGGCAGAUGCCAAGUGAGUUCAGGGCCAUCCAGUCCCAGUUCCGGCAGAGUCCCCUGGUGUCGGCCUGGCCCGAGGAGCUGAUUGCCCGCCUGGCCUCCGACAUGGAGGUGGCGGCCGUGCAGAGCGUGGCUCGCUCGGGGCAGUUCCACCUGGCCCUGUCGGGCGGCUCCAGCCCCGUGGGGCUGUUCCAGCGCCUGGCCAGGCACCACCACGGCUUCCCCUGGCAGCACAGCCACGUGUGGCUGGCGGACGAGCGCUGCGUGCCCCUGACCGACGGCGAGUCCAACUUCCAGGGCCUGCAGCGGCACCUCCUGCAGCACGUCAGGGUGCCCUACCUCAACAUCCACCCCAUGCCCGUGCACCUCAACCGCCGCCUCUGCGUGGAGGAGGACGGCGGCGCCGAGCUCUACGCCCAGGACAUCGCGGCCCUGGUGGCCAACGCCAGCUUCGACCUGGUGCUGCUGGGCGUGGGCACGGACGGACACACGGCCUCGCUGUUCCCCCGCUCCGAGCACGGCCUGGAAGGGGCCCCCACGGUGGUGCUGACCGAGAGCCCCGUGAAGCCCCACCAGAGGAUGAGCCUCAGCCUGCCCCUCAUCAACAGGGCCAGGCAGGUGUUCGUGCUGGUGCUGGGCCGGGGCAAGCACGACAUCACCACGCUGCUCAGCAGGGUGGGCCGCGAGCCCCACAAGUGGCCCAUCUCGGGGGUCAGCCCCAGCUCCGGCCAGCUCGUCUGGUACGUGGAUUAUGAGGCUCUGCUGGGGUGAUGCCACAGUGUCCCUCCUUUGUCUGCGUGGCCUUUACAGCCUGGAUUGUCACACACGAUGUCCUUGUUCCUGCGGUGCCAGCAGCAGCUCCAUCCCUGACACCUCCGGCCUUCAGGGGGAUCCAUGGCCUGCAGCACCUCUGGUGUUUGGGCCUGGGUGAGCUGGACUCAGUAACCAGAGCUCAGCAGGAGCCACGAGCCCAGUGUGGCCUUUCUGGCUCUGCUCUGGCUUCUCUGGCCUGCGCAC